UGAUUUUCGUGGUUAGAGUUAUCGUUGGUUUAGUAACGCUAGACUGAUACUUAUUUAUCAACAUAGACAUCAUACAUGUACUCAUUAUUAUUUUUUUUUCAAGCUUUUCAUUUAUUCAUAUAAUUCUUUUAUUACCAAUUAUUUGCAUCCGAGUGUGCCGUGAUUUACUUUCACAUUACAGAUACUAUAAUUUGCCUGUGUCCGAAUAGCAACCGCAAUAAUAUGCAGCGUGUGUUCCAGAUGUCGUCUGGGAGACAGGCCGUUGAGGAGAUGGAAGUUUUCCUGCGAAUGAUGAGCCGCGUUCAACGCCGGUGGACCAAAAUCAUCGCAAAUCGCGAAAACAAGGUUCGAAAACUCAUGAUGAUUGAGGGUCAGUGUCGUGACCGUCUCACGCGUAACGUUCUUCGGGGCACACAUGCCAAUCUUAAAUACUUGGUCAACACUGACUUGAUUAGCACUGCAGAGGUUGCUGCUCCCCCGCCGUCCGAAACGUUUCAGUUGUAUGGGAUUCCACCUAGCCAAAUCACACCCUUUUCGGUGUAUGCCAUUUCGCGUCUGUGGGCUGAUCCGGAUCGCGUUGAUUUGCCCCUUCUCACAUUGAUCGCGGAUUUUCAAAGCGCCUGGGCAAUCCUUCCUCUUUCCAAGAAAGCGGUUUAUGAGCAGCUUGCCGAUACUUUUCGAGAGCGCAGUGAGAGGUCCUGCUGCGGGGCUGCGGCAAUCGGUGCGGACACGCAACCCCAGAAUGCCAAGCAAGUUCACAAGCCAAAAAGGGAACGAUCAACGGCCAAAAGGCAGUGCAAGGAGCUAGGCGAUGUUGACAUCGUUAAGCCAAUGGAUCCUACCGACGCGAAGGCAUCGAAUUGGGAAGAAUCUGCGUUUAGGCGUUUUGUAAAGCUCAGCAUGCAGCAGAUGCGUGCGGCGUUGGGAGACAAGUGUCUUUUACACAAGGAAUGGGACCAAAUCGCAAAAGCGGAAUGGGAGUCCAAGAGCGUUCGACAGAAGCAAUGUUAUCUAUAACAUUUCUCUUGCAUGACAAUUCGGUUGUUUGAGUUUGAUUUAUUUGCAGGAUUUUAUUCACGUUUGAUAUACCAGAGAAGUGCUAAAAAGAAA